AUGGAGACCUAUAGGAAACCCCUAAGCAAUAGCAGUCAAUGGACCCUUGGCAGCAACCCACUACUGACAUUGGGAGAGACAGACGUGUUCCCUCAGGGGGUGAGGAGAAAUGGCUUCUCUUCAUGGUUCCUCCCCAUCCACACAGGCCAUUCCAGCUUCAUGACUAGCAAGGGAUCCGACUUCGGCCCCCGCAAGGGUGGCUUCACCCUCUCCUCAACUAUGAGACUGGACCGCUAUAUGUCGUUUGCCGAGUUGCAGGCCAUAACAAAGAACUUUGAUCCAAACAACAUGAUCGAUGUUGGGGGCUUUAGGAUUGUGUACCUCGACAAACUUGACAAUGGAACGAUGGAGGCUAUCAAGCAUGCGAAGGCGAAGCCUGAGCAGGGGAUCACCAAAUUCCAAAUUGAGAUCCAGAUGCUGUUGAAGCUCCACCACUAUCACCUUGUCUCGCUGAUUAGAUACCGUGAUGAGAACACCGAAAUGACCUCGGUGUACAAGUACAUGAAGCAUGGGCCUUUCAAAGAUCACAUCUAUGGAAAGGAUCUGCAGUUGCAAUCAUGA